AUGCAUACCUGGACCCCUUUCUUCGUCAGGCCGGGAUACGUGGGCCAGGAAACAGCUCGAGAGGUUGUGGAGGCGUGGUACAAAAUCAUCGGUACAUGGUGGCCUAAGGUGUGGAAUAUAGGGGACCUUAUUGAGCUUCAGCACAUUAUACGCAGGGAUGUGUUUUUCGUUGGCCUAGAUCCGUCAAAGUUCCUUCGCACUCUGACGCUUGACCUCCAUACUGAGAAUCUCUUCACGAGUCGUGACGGCGAGUCGACUCAGGAUUGCAUCGACUCGCUCCUUAGCAUCAAGCGCAAAACCGACUUCAAAUUGAUCAUACAAUUGAGGCAGAGGAACAUCAGCUUCAACUCAUGGUCUACAGCUUUCGAUGCGCUCUGGCAUGUGGUCACUGUGUUUGAGGCCGAGGGCGCACACGUCGAAGCUACUUUUACCUACGACAAGGAAAGUCUCUGUCCGAAGAUUACCUGGGACUUACUUUCCGCGCUGAAGAGUGGUAAUGAUGACUGGCGCGUAGAAGCAGAACGUUAUCUGAACUCCGACAGCCGGCUUCGCUCACGACACAAGGUCUACCAUCAAGCUAGCAACAUAGCGGACGUCGAACAUUCCGACGAGUCAGAGUACGAUCCUAAUGAUGAAGUCGAGCCCGAGAAAGACGAUCUACGCGAUAACAGCGACUUCUACAUGGACAGUUUCAUCAACAGUCUUCCAGAUUUGGGUCGGGGAGACCCUUUUUAUGGGACCUAUCUUGAGCCGAGUGACUUCAAGCCUCCUCCUCCUCCCAAAAUACGCCGGCCGGUGUGGGAAAACUAUAUACGGUGGAACGAAUAG